GGCUUUUAAUGCACUUUGAGUUUUAGAGCGUUUACGAUCAGGAGCUGCUGACGGUCAGAAAGAAGCUGCUCCUCGUCAGAUGUGUUUUUGUACUCUAAAGUUGUGACAGUUACAGCGGUGUGCCGGUGUACGGUGACAGCUGCUGUGCACAUGUUACGCAAUAAAGUGUGUACUUCUAUGCAUGCAAAUUUUUUUUAUUGGAUUCAAAGUUCUAUCUUGUUCAGAGCAAUAACUGACUKAAGGAAAACAACCUGUUCUUUUUAAAAAUCUGUUUUCCAUAACAGCACCUGAGGGUUUUAUUGUUUCACAUUUCGAUACUAAACAGUGGAAACUGCCUUCCAGAGGGGGAAAAACUGUUGUGGAGACCUCUAGCAGGAUGUUUAGAACAGUAAUUGUUUCUCUUUCCCCCCCAGUCUACAGCUAUUGUCACAAUAGGUCAAGGCUUCCACAAUACAAACAUUUGUUUCAUUGUAGUCCAACUGUGGUCAAACUUUGUACAAACAGCUUAAAUAUUUUUUUUAAAAGGAGGCAUCCCGCUAACUUUUCAGUAUUAGCUGAACACUUCAACAGCAUAUUCUUUCAAACUCAACAGUGUUUAAAGUAACAAAUCUCCCACAGAAUUAAUAAAGAGCCUGGCAAGGGAUCAGACACUAAAUCAGACAGCCAUCUGCGGGCCUUCGUUACAAAACAAAACAAUCAAUCAACCUGCAACAGACUCCCACGUGCCGUGACAGAACUCACAUCUGGAUGUGAGACAGACUGACACCCUCACUUCCACCAUGUUCUUCUGUCAAUGUGCCCCCGUCUUCCCCCCCUUUUUUCUGUCCCGGCAACCCUCUGGCCUCUGCUUCCUGUCUGUUUUUCCACCCCCGCUUCCAGAGAUGAAAGAGAAGAACCCCUGGCACACGCCCGCGACCAUCAUCAUCACUGUGAUUGGUGUCAUAGCGAUUGUUGCCUUGGUGACGGUUGCAGUUUUGCAGAACAGGCCUGUCCUCCAAAAGUACAAGUAUGGAAUUGUGCUGGAUGCUGGUUCUUCUCACACAGCUCUCUACAUCUACGAGUGGCCGGCGGAGAAGGAUAACAACACUGGAAGAGUGGAACAGAAAUAUUCCUGCAAAGUAAAAGGUAAAGGCAUUUCAAGCUACGCUAACACACCAGAGAAGGCAGGAGAGUCACUGAAUGAGUGCAUGCAAGAAUCUGUGAAGCAGGUCCCCAAAGAAAGACAYCAUGAGACCCCUCUCUAUCUGGGAGCUACAGCUGGAAUGCGGUUGCUGAAUUUGGAGAACAGUUUGGCAUCAGACAAAGURUUCCAGGCUGUGGAGAAAGCCCUGCAGGGGUUCCCCUUUUCCUUUCAGGGGGCGAGAAUACUCAGCGGGCAGGAGGAGGGUGCCUUCGGCUGGGUCACGGUCAACUACUUGGAUGAUCGUCUAAAACAGGGUCUGGAAACAACGGGUGCUCUUGACCUUGGCGGGGCCUCGACUCAAAUUAGUUUCGUGUCCGACAAUUACGACAUUUCAGAGUCACCCAGCAACUCUGUGACCUUCCGACUCUACGGAAACGACUACAACCUGUACACUCACAGCUUCCUGUGCUAUGGGAAAGACCAAGCGCUGCUUAUGGCAUUAGCUCACCAGACCAAGUCAGGUCCAAAAACAAUUGUGGAUCCUUGUUUCCAUCCAGGCUACUUGGAGCAAAAGCAGUACUCAGUCCUUUAUGACAGCCCCUGUGUGUCAGCAAGGAAACCCCAGAAUCCCACAACAACUUUCAGUCACACGGGGGCAGGAAACUUCACACAAUGCCAGGACGUUGUCAAAAAAGUCUUUAACUUUACCUCUUGCCAGUACAGCCGAUGCUCUUUCAAUGAUGUCUUCCAGCCACCUUUGCAAGGAACAUAUGGGGCUUUUUCUGCUUAUUACUUUGUGAUGGACUUCCUCAAUCUGACUGAUGCAUCCACGCCUUUAGAGACUGUGAAGCAAAAGCUAGCGAGCUACUGCGCUACRCCUUGGAAUCAGAUAGUGCAGCAGCACCCGACGAUAAAAGUCAAAUAUCUGUCGGAGUAUUGCUUCUCUGGCACGUACAUCGUCACUCUGCUGACAGAAGGAUACAACUUCACCUCGGAGAGCUACGCCAACAUAAACUUCAUUAAGGAGAUAAAAGGCAGCGACGCCGGCUGGACUCUGGGCUACAUGUUGAACCUGACCAACAUGAUUCCAGCUGAGGCGCCGGACCUGCCUCCACUUCCUCACGCCGGCUACGUCUCCGUAGUCACCAUCACUGCGUUACUACUCUUCGUCCUCGUCAUCCUCAGCCUGUUUUGUUUCUGUCCCGGUUUCAAAAAGCAACCGCACAUCGUAUAAGCGCACAGCUGUGUCUGUCUGUGUGAGGGAGGUGAAGUCUGUGAAGGWUUGUGUGUGGUAUGUGCCCCCCCCCCCCCAAUGUACAGGUCAAAGGUCAACUCAAACGGGCAAACACAAACCUGCAGCUCAUACUGUUUUCAGGGAGUUUUUUAGAAGAACAAACGCAUUUACUCACUGUGGACUGGCUUCUCUGAAGGAUAUUUGAAUGCUUGAACCGGUGUGUGUGUGUACAAAUGUGUGAAUGUGUUGAAAUCUAUAUGGUAUCUGUUUUGAAAUAAGUCACUGUAUAAAUAAACUUACCAAUGUUUGUAUAAAUUU